ACUAACCUACACAAUUUUGUGAAUGAGUUGCUAAAAAUCAACAUGGCAGUUCCUUUCAAGCUCUCAUGCUCACUUACUGGACACGAAUCUGAUGUUCGAGCGGUUGCUGCUGGUUUAUUCCCAGAAGGAUCAAUCAUUACCGCGUCCAGAGAUAGGACUGCACGACUAUGGGUUCCUUCAAGUGAUUCUGAGCCUGGGUAUCAGGAGGCACACUGUAUGAGUGGUCAUCAGAACUUUGUCUCCUGCUUAUGCGUGCUACCGCCGAAUGAGAAGUAUGCUCAGGGCCUCAUCCUUACCGGGAGCAACGACUACAAGAUCCAUGCAUACACACUGGAGAGUCCCCUUCCUGUCUAUGUGCUCACGGGGCACAAAAAUGCUGUGUGUGCCCUUGCAUCUGGUAAAUUUGGAACUCUGUUGAGUGGAUCAUGGGAUACGACAGCCAAGGUGUGGCUAAAUGAAAAGAAUGUGAUGACCUUACAGGGUCACGAAGCUACUGUGUGGGCGGUCGCCCUCUUGCCCACCCAGGGACUGAUGCUGACUGGGUCUGCGGACAAGACUAUCAAGAUGUGGAGGGCUGGCCGAUGUGAACGCAAUUUCACUGGUCAUACCGACUGCGUCAGAGCACUGGCCGUCCUCUCCGAGGUGGAGUUCCUCUCAGCCAGCAACGACGGCACAGUCCGAAGGUGGCUGACCACUGGGGAUUGCGUCCACCAGUACGACGGCCACGUGGGUUUCAUCUACAGCAUCUCGCUGCUAGGCAACGGACAGGACUUUGUGACCUCCAGCGAGGACAGGACGGUGAGAGUGUGGACUGACGGUCAAUGCAGCCAGACCAUCACCAUGCCUGCUCAGACCAUCUGGAGUGUGGCCUGCUUGACCAAUGGAGACAUUCUUGUAGGGUCCAGUGAUGGUAUGGCCAGAAUCUUCACACGAGAGGAGUCUCGCGUUGCCCCUCAGGAUUCCCAACAGGCCUUUGAGAAUCAAGUAGGAGCCUUCGCCAUGCCCGCCAAGACACAGACCUUUGAUGGUAUCAAGAUGGAGGAUCUACCUGAUAAAUCGGACCUCGCAAACCAAGGCACCAAAGAGGGCCAGACCAAACUGAUCCGAAACGGGAAAACAGUGGAGGCCUACCAGUGGAACAUGGCUGAAAGCAAGUGGUCCAAGAUAGGGGAUGUCGUCGGGUCGGAGGGAGAUGAUGUGACCCCAUCCUCAGGCAAGGUUCAUUACGAGGGCAAGGAAUAUGACUACGUCUUUGACGUUGACCUUGAAGAAGGGCGUCCAAAUCUCAAGCUACCCUAUAACGCUUCCGAUGACCCCUGGCUUGCAGCCCAAAAGUUCAUCCACGACAAUGACCUCAGCCAGUACUACCUCGAGACAGUUGCCAAUUUCAUCAUCAAGAACACAAAGGGCGUGACCAUCGAGUCGUCGGCACCGAGGCCGGACUUUGUUGAUCCGUUUACAGGUGGAUCUCGUUAUGUUCCAGGUAGCCGGGGUGACCCCUCCCUGCCCUCUGUAGGAUCAGGAGGGGGAGGAGGAGGAGGAGGAGGAGGGGGUCAUGACCCCUUCACUGGUGGUUCGAGUUAUCGUCCAGGAGGAUCUGGAGCUGCUCAGCCUCAAGCCACCGCCGUCACCCAGUCUACAAACCAGUACUUCCCAAAGAAAGAUUAUGUCUCAUUUGACUCUGCCAACACACAAGCCAUCUUAGGUAAAAUCACCCAGCUGAACUCCACCAUCGAUGCCUCAUGUCGUCUUGAUGAUGCAACUUUGUCACACCUAGAAAGCCUCUUAGCGUGUAUGUCCAACGGUCAAGGAGGCACUCCCACCGGUCAGCAGCUGGCUGCACUAUGGUCAUUACUUCAAUGGCCACAAGAUCAAGUUUUUCCUGGUCUAGACUUGCUGCGACUAGCCAUCCGCAACCCGGCCGUCAACCAGCACUUCUGCAACUCCCAGGAUGGUCCUGGUUUCUUCUCCCACCUAUUUAGCCUUGCCGCCAAUUCCAGCCCUGCAGCCAAUCACAUGCUGCUCUACAGGGCAUUAUGCAACUGCUUCACACAGUCGGAGGGGAAGUCCCUUCUUGUAGCGCAGCGGGAAACCAUCGGUGUCUCUGCCAUGGGGAGUCUGACCAUCACAAACAAGAACCUACGCAUCGCCGUAGCAACCCUGGUGCUAAACUACGCCGUCCUGCUGCAAGGCGGGUCCGACGUGGAAGCCAAAUCCCAAUGCGUCGCCAUGGCAAUCACACAGUUGGGGGAGGAGAAGGAACCAGAAGCACAGUUCCGACUCCUGGUGUGCCUUGGGACGUUGUUAGCGGGGGAUGAGAACUCGCAAGCGAUAGCUAACUCUUUGGAUGCUUCCGUCUUGAUCAAAAGACUCGUAAGUGUAUCAGAACCAGCUAAGGUUGGCGAUUGCGCCAGAUAUGUCAACCAAUUACUAUAGUGAUGAAGAGUUUCAAACUCUGUGAACUGUACAUUCUGCAAUAUUUUCCACUCACCAAGAUGUGUUAUUUAAUUGACAUAUCUCGGCAACUAUAAGGUAUUUUCUCCCAUGCAUUACCAACAUCAAAGUUUUUAGUAUACCCGAUGAUUCUAUGAAGCUGACAGCCCUACUACAGCUUGGAUCAGGAAAAAAAACAUGGAAAAUGACACUAGAAAUGUUGAUUUGUAUGUCAUUUCUUUGUUUCUUGGUAAUGUACGGGACAAAAAAUUAACAAAUACUGUGGACUUGCUGCUCUAUGAAAAGUUAUGCUACAAAAGAUGAUUUCAUGUUUGAUGAUGAUAGUAUCUAGGUGUGUAUGAUCUGAUCCAGCUCAAAGGCUUUAAGGUCAUGUACAGUUUCGGUAAUAUUUUGUAAAAUUUCUUAGAAUUUAGAUGAUAAAUAACUAGGUGCUGUGAGUGUUUUCCUCUUUGAGUGAUAUAUUAAACAAAUGAGAGGUAAAAUACAAUUUAGAUACCCAUCCUGGGACAUAUAUAAAUUCAAAGAACACUAAGGUGUAAAACCUAUGAGGACUGCGUGUGUAAGUGAUUCAGUCUACACUCAAUAUCGCUAUUAACUCAUAUCCUGUCGUAAGGCCGCAUGCACGCUACCGUUUUAGUGCUCGAUUGGCUACUUAAUUCACGCGAGGGAGCCACAGCUUAGCUGCUUUACACAUACUUUACACAUGCAUGCUCACAAUCGUAAUAGCAGUUAUUGUUCAUGCUAAUUGUACUGUGCUGACUGCUUCCCAUAAGCUGUUGAUCGCACCAUCAGAUUAUCUCAAAAUAAAGUUGGCACAGGGGGGAGUUGUUACUUGGCACAAUGGGGAUUAGCCCUGUGGCACUGAGUUAUAUUUAUUAUGGCAGGAUAAGAGUUAAUGGCGUCGUUUAACAAUGUUGAAUCUGAGAGGCAUGGCCGUACAUGUUAUCAAUGUCUGUGAUAUGGUGUAAUAUUGAAGCCCUAACAAAAUUGCGCUUCAAAAUGAUCAUGAAGUGCCUCAAAAAAAAAGUAAACA